CGCGGCUUUGGAAGGCGCCAGAAGGGGCGGGGGAGGAACGCGCUGCUGCAGGCACGACCGGCGCUGGAGGCGGGGCGGCGGUCAGCUGACUUGGGAGCGUCGCGCUGGGUGACGGUCGGCGGCGGCCGCCGGAGCCGUAACGGUAGCGCGAGCAGCGGCGGCACCGGCGACGGUCUGGCGGGGCGCAAGGGAGAGUCUGGGCCCGAGAGAGGCGCCAUGGCGACCACCGUCACUACUCAGCGCGGCCCGGUAUAUGUUGGUGAGCUUCCUCAAGAUUUUCUUCGCAUUACCCCAACCCAGCAGCAACAGCAAAUCCAGCUGGAUGCCCAGGCAGCUCAGCAGCUACAAUAUGGAGGACCAAUGGGUACAGUAGGCAGACUCAGCAUUACUGUAGUACAGGCAAAAUUGGCAAAAAACUAUGGAAUGACCCGCAUGGAUCCAUAUUGUCGAAUACGGCUGGGGUAUGCUGUGUAUGAAACUCCAACAGCACAUAAUGGAGCCAAGAAUCCCCGCUGGAACAAAGUUAUUCAGUGCACUGUUCCCCCGGGUGUGGACUCUUUUUAUCUAGAGAUAUUUGAUGAGCGGGCCUUUUCAAUGGAUGACCGCAUAGCUUGGACACACAUUACAAUUCCUGAGUCUCUGAAACAAGGAAAUGUGGAGGAUGAAUGGUAUAGCUUGAGUGGAAGGCAAGGUGAUGACAAGGAAGGAAUGAUUAAUCUGGUUAUGUCGUAUGCGUCUUUGCCAGCUGCCAUGAUGAUGCAGCCCCAGCCAGUAGUCCUGAUGCCCACUGUAUAUCAACAAGGAGUUGGAUAUGUGCCUAUAGCAGGGAUGCCUGCAGUCUGUAAUCCAGGCAUGGUACCUGUGGCAAUACCACCUCCUGCGGUCAACCCUCAGCACCUGUGUAAUGAAGACGACCUGAAAUCUAUUCAGGACAUGUUUCCCAACAUGGACAGGGAAGUAAUCCGCUCAGUGCUAGAAGCUCAGAGGGGGAACAAGGAUGCAGCUAUCAACUCCUUGCUUCAGAUGGCUGAAGAAUCGUAGAUCCCCACUUCCUGCAUAGUCCCCAUCCUUGAUGCCACUUAUUUUUACUUGCCAAGCCAGGGAUUUAGCUAGAGGAAUAAUUUCCCAACAGCUUUCUGUUAGUGCAUCCUGUGUGAAAGAUUAUACCCCUUUUCUCCUUGGACAUUUGGAUCUUUUUCACUUCUUUCUCAAUCUGUACAUACUCAGUUUAGCUUAUGCCCUACAAUAUAGCAUUGAAGCUCUUUACUAUUGGCUGUGCCCUGUGUGGCUGUAUUCUGAUGGGGUGGGGAGUAAUGCUGCUCAAUUUUUUUUUUUUUUCCUUUGCCCCUUGUCAUAAAUUUGUUCUCACAAAGUAACUCCAUGCAGUACAGGAUUUACUACUGUUUGUUAGAUUGAAAUGGAAAAAAAAUUCUGUGGAGGGUUUGCUCUUCAAAUAUAACUGAUUUAUUGAAGUAUUUACGUUUCAUCAAGCAGCCUGUUUCUUCCAGCAUUUAAAAGAAAGACCCUUUGCUUGUCCUAUGGUAUUUAGUUAUUGCCAUGAUAUAUUCAAUUUUCUGAUCGAACAUUUUUAAUAAGCUAAAUUUCUUAGGUUGCACUCUUGGUAUUUGUAAUGAGCAUUUUCUGUUCAAUCUAGUCAUCGGGCAGCAAAACAAUAUGGUGUGCAUUUUGGGCUUUAUCCUCCCAUAUAGUAUUGUUAUGUAUCUGUAAAAUCUUUACAGGUAACUCUUAACUUGUACAGUAGGUGUUGCUGUAGCAGAGAACAGGAUUGAGCCCUAAUGUACUCCCACAGUUAAUUGCACUCUAACUGCUAAUAGCAUUCCCAUGGCUGUUUCAAAGGAUAAGUGCAGAAGGAAAGAUUUUUAUACCUAGAUAAUUACUGAAGCUGUAAACAAUUAUUAAAGGUGGUGUUUUGCAUUAAAAAAGCAGGAAUCUAUGAUCUGGUUAUAAGGCCUAUUACACCUGUAUUUCAGCAAAAUUAUAAUUUCAUAUUAGUGGAAAACUUACUGUAUUUUUUCCUGUAAUCUGAAAUAAGUGUGAAAAGUAGCUUCAGAAUCUUUGAAUGGCAUUAUGAGUUGCUCAGUGAUUGAAGACUACAGUUGCUGUAGCCAGUUUAUCAUUAUUUGAUGCAGAUGGAAAUAAAUUCUUUGUGAGAGAAAAUUUAACAUAUCUGAGUUAUAGUCUGAUCCUUAAAGGAGAUUGGAGGUUGCUUGUAUUUAUUGUUAGUAUUAUUUUUUCAGAUAACAGUUCAUUUUGGAGGUGCAGAAUCUUACAGUAUGCACCCCUUACACCUCUUGGAUAAAUUUCUGCAGUAUCUGUUUUUGUAGAUGGUAAAGUGAUGCACUUUAAAUAGUAUGCACCAGUUUAUUUUUCCAGUGAUGUGCAAUGUUGCUGUUUUAUCUUUUUAAUGUUUGAUUUCAAAUACUUUCUAUAAUAGCCAUAGACCUUUUAUAUUUUCAAGAGUUGGAAUGAAUGUACACUUGAAAUCUAGGCUCUUGAGUGAUUCAUGAGAACAUUAAAGCCAAGUCUGGAAUAGGGAAAAGGGACCCAUAUUCUCUUCACCAUGCCUUGUUUCAUGUCCCAUGCUUAAAAUAUUUUCUUUAUCUGCUGAAAAGCUGAUUUUUCUCCCCCCAUACAAGAAGCCUUUAGGUAGUACUGGUAGUAGAGCAUGAAUAUUUAUUUUUUUAUAAUUAAAAUUGAUACUGAAACUUUUAAAAUGCAGCACCAAAAAUCAUCCCAGUUUCUGACCUUUUAAAACUGUCUUUUCGUAAUGUAUGAUUUUAAGUUUUGUUAUGAAUCCCUUUCCAUCUUAAAUUUACUGUGAAAGUGUCUUUAUACAUCCUCCAAUUGGCUUUUCGGUAAUGAGAUUCAAGGCUAUAGUUUCUGUGCUUUAGUUGUAGAGUCACCAUGGUUUUAUUUUCUAAAAUAAAAUGAGUGUUACUCAAGAAACUAGUCUUGCCCCUUCCCUACAAUCAUGGUAAAUUAUGUGAUUGAGUAGGUGUAGAGGCAUUUGGUCUUUAUAGCACAAUGAUUUGUGACCUUGUCACCCAAAAGGGUAAGUCAUGGUAAGGAUUUAAUGCUUAGAUGUCUCCAGGAAGAGUCCCUUGCUCUAACUUUUACACAGAUAGCAUGAAUUGCUAGAGAUGAAACAAUUCAGGGAAAAUGUAUAUAUUUAAAUUUUUAUAUUAAAACGUUGGGAUCCAUAAUACAGCUUUUUAUAAAAGCAAGUGGUCAUGGUUCAACUUAAUGGCUGGUAAAUUGUACUGCAUCCUAUUACAGCUCAAUUUCAAGCACAGAAUAAACACUUUUUCAAUCCUAACCACCAGAAGGGGUAAGUGCGAAUGCUAGGUUAGCCAGAUUUAUUCAUAGACUAGGCUCUGGGCCUCUGUAGGCAGCUCCUGGUCGUUGUUUGUUUUGUUCUAGGCAAAUGUUAUGCAAAACAGGGUAUGCAAAACAGAGCUGAAGAUGGGAUAUGUAGGAGUAGUGUGGCUGGUAGAUGGAUUUCAACAUGUUACACUAUACUUAAAUAUUGCUCUGGGGAUUUUUUUGGUCUUGAUUUAAUUAAACAUUAUAGCUGAAACUCUUACGUCAAGGUGUCUUUAUCUCGUUAAAAAGAAAAAAAUGCUGAUUGUAAGCCUACUCAGCUUUUCACCAUACACAUCCUCUCAGUCAAACCAUUCAUUGUCAGGUUUGUAUUGGAGAAAGGUGAAAAAAGGCAGGGAGUGUUUAGUUAUUCUAGGGUCUGUAAAAGUAAAAGUCUAGGUCUGUGGAACUGAAAGUCUGUGUCUUGAUUUAAAAUAAAUGUCACUCAUUAUGAUUGUAGCUUUUGACAAAAUGCUAAUUGGGUAAUAAUGUGUUUGAUGCUGCUCUUCUGCUCAACAACUUCAAGCAGCUUGGAGCCAAAGCCAGCUGUAUAAGACAGGCAUCUGCUAAAAGUUAGUGCUCUUAAUACUAGUCUGAGUCCUGCCAAGAGCCUAAUCUUACUAAAGGUAGGAACAUUUUUUGUCUAGCUAGAUCCUUGCUACUUUCUUCUUUACUGCUCUUUGCAUCUGCUGAUGGUACUGAAUGUUUUUUCCCUAACAAAUGUUAUUGCUUAUUUGGUUGAUAUGUAAUACCGUACAGAGGAUGUUUUUUGCUGUAAUAAUUCUGAAGACAUUGUUUCUCUGUAUCGAGGUCCAUUGUCCAAAUGUUUCUUGCACUCUAAAGUACAUUAAGUUUUUCAUUCUAAGUUAAUAAAUGUAUCAUCUAAAUGAAA